AUCGUGUGUGUGUGUGUGUGUAGUGAAGCGUCAUUCUCCUCCUUUCUUCCUUUCGGGGAACGCGCAUCACUUGUGAGAAACGGCGCCUGAGCUCCCAGAAGUUUCUCGUCUGUCGGCUCGGCUCGGCUCGAUUCUCUCCCGCGAUAUUCUUCCCUCCUUCCCGGUUUUAAACCCUCUUCCUCACUUUCUUUUCUUUUUUUUUUUUAAAAUCCGACUCGAGGACUCACUUCGGGGGGUGGUUUUUUUUUUGUCGCGGCCAACACAGGGCGUAGCUGGGAAGGAUUUUCGCUAGCCUCGCCGCUGCACUGACUGACCAGAACUCACUGUCUCCAGAAAGCCUGUAGACCUGUGGCCAUCCUGUGAGAUUUAAGUCAGCCCUGCCCGGCAGAGACGGACCACUACCACUCAGAGUGAGAUGAAGCCGGAUGGGGUUGUCACAGCAGCGCUGGAGCCAAUGGAAGCAAUGGAAUCCAAUCCAGUAAAUGAGGCAGCACCAGCCGUGGGACAGGAGCCCAACCAGGCAGCCAGUCCAGUUGAGGAGGAGAUGCCACAGCAACCUGUAGGAGAGACGGGCCCGGCGGCACCCCAGCCAGACAAGGCCAAGGAAACCCCAGCUGCCAAGACCGGCAACAAGACUUCAGGAGACUCCAAAGCCAAGACUACCAACAAGGCCACGGCCAAGACAAAACCUGGCACCACCAGUCCAACCAAGACCACAACUGGCUCACGGCCUAACACAUCGCAGAGCCGCAUCUCAAACGGCGUUUCUAAGCCCCAGACCAAUGGAGUGGCUAAGAAAACCCCACCUGCUGCAGUCAAAAAGAGCACCCCAACCACAGCUCCCACCAAAAAACCAACAGGCCCGGCCGGAGCCCCAGCCGCCAAGAGCAAAGUGGGUGAGAAGAAAACCCCAGGGGCUGCCCCUGCCACUAAUGGCAUGAAGACCGCAACAACAACAGGAGCCAAGAAGACACCAUCCACAACUGCUAAUGGUGUCAAAACCAGCACCGCCGCAGCUGCUGCUAAAAAGCCCUCAGCUCCCAAGCCUGCCUCUGCAACUCCCACCAAGCCUAGCUCGGCUGCCUCACCCAAGCCCCCUGUUUCCAAGACAACCAGGCCUACAACUGGCACGGCGGCACCAUCUCGUCCUGCCACAGGCUCAACCCGGCCACCCACUUCCAGUACAACCAAGAGCUCCCCAGCUACAGCCAAACCUGCUACCCCUAAAACCUCCUCCACCCCUGCCAAGCCUGCUGCCUCCAAACCAACCUCCACUACUCCCUCUGGUGGCAAACCCCUGGCAUCACAAACAUCCAGAAACACGACCCCUGUGAAAAAAGAUGUUACCAAACCAGCCACCGCAGCAUCCAAAAAGCCUGCAGACUCCCCCCUUACACGCCCAUCUUCUACAACAAAGUCAGCAAAACCAGAGACCCCCAAAUCAGCCUCAAAAUCAGAUGUCACCGCCAAAAAGCCCCCUGCUAGUAAGGCUGCAGACACAAAGACACCCAACCGCACCAAGCCCCCUGGCUCCAAACCAGCUACAACCAAGACCUCCAGCCCGAAGAAAACUGUGGGCAGCAGUACCCCAACUCCUGUUAAACGAGGCCCUAAGGCUGCCACUGUUGCAGAACCUGCAAAGGACAUAGCUGUUGCUGUAGCCGCUGCUGCAGCUAUCGCUACUGCGGCAGCUGCCAUUGCCGGGCCAGGGGAAGCAGAACUUCCUGCAGGAGCAGCUGUGGAGCCAUCUGCUGCACCAGAACUGAUGUCCAGCCAGACUGAAGCAGUACAAGAAAAAACUUCAGACCCCACACCAGAACCAGUUUCUGCGCCAGUGUUAGAAGCAGUCCAGGAACUAACACCAGAACCUGUACGAGAACCGACACCAGAACCUAUGAGAGAACCAACACCAGAGCCAAUACGGGAACCAACACCAGAACCUGAACGAGAAAUGUCUCCCGAGCCCCUUCUAGAACCACAGCUUCUGCCACCAGCAGAGCCCAAUCUAGGAGCUGAACCAGUCCAUGAACCGGCCUCCAGUGUUCAGCUGUCAGCCCAGGUGGACCCUUUCAAAUUUGAGGAGUCUGCAAAUGACUCAGUUUCUUCCCUGGGAACUACUGUCAUGUCUCCUCCUUGUUCCCCACCAGGCUGUGUUUCUCCUGUCAGAGAGCCACAGAAUGCCUCCUCUCUGCUGGACAUGCAUAUGCAGUCUGAUCCCUGGGACAGGAACCAGCCCCAGGCUCCAUCUGACUUUGCUCCCCAGAGCUUAGUCAAUAUGAUGGACUUCCAGAGAGAAGAGGAAAAGGAGAAUAAAGAACAGUUUGAUACACAGGAGACAAUGGAGGAGUUUGAGGAGGAGGAGGAGGAAGAAGAGAAGGAGAACCUGUUAUUGCCAACCUCUACAGGUCCAUCUGCAGAGGCCUUCAACGUGAUGGCACAACCUAAUUUGUUGGGUACCUCGCCGAUGGAUGACUUCACCUCCGGGCACCUGAUCUCCCCUCAUGAAAAGGAGGUGGCAGUGGAAAAGGCUGAUGAGGAGAUAAAUGAGGAUGAUGAGGAGGAGGACGAGGAUGAAGACGAGGAACAGAGGAGACUAGGCCAUCAGCCUUCAUCCAUGGUCACCGAUAUGAGCACGUCUCAGCCCUCCGAGGAGUUCCAAGUCAGGUCCUCUGCCUUUGGUGGUUCUGCAGGGUGGCACGGUGAUGACCUGCUGUCCGGGAUGGACUCCGAGGAUGUGAGCAGCUGCACCAGCAGUCGGCAGCAGGGAGUGUCUGACCUCAGCAGCACCCAGCACACCGCGAUACUGGAAGGCACCCAGAGCUCCGACGCCCUAGUCGACUCAAGCCUCCGUGGUUCUGAGGGAGAUGGUAAUCUCAUGGGCUCUCCCAACGUGGAAACCCUGGCCAAUGAGGAAGAGGACGAGGAUGAAGAGGACGAGCGUGUGGAUGAUAUGGACCUGAGUUCGGAGCGAGUAGAGGAACAUCACAAAGUGUUCCAGCAGCAAGAGCAAGAUGAGGAAGAGGAGGAUGAAGAUGUAGAGAUGCACAGUGAAGGAGUGACAGAGAGCUGUGGGAAUGCAGAUGAAGAUGACUUCAAUGAGGAGGAGCGUUUAGACAACCUCAAUCGCUCCGGUCCUCCGCCUUGCGUCCCCCCUACCUCCUCCUGGGGGCAGACCAGCCCCUUCUCUGAUCCCUGGGCUCAACCAGCCUCACUGCUGUCUGUCUCCUCCCCCAGCCCGGUUUCUGACCACGGGGCAGCUGAAUCUGAAACGCCCACCCUGUCUCCCGCCCAUGCACGUUUGGACAGCAGCGCCCCUUCCUUUGCUUCUCACUCAGAGCAAGAGCCCGAGCAGCAUCAGUCAGCCCAUGAGGAGAUGAAGAGCUCAGACCCUGAGGAGGCUCACGUCUUACUUGCUGCCCCAGCUGGAGGCAUGUCCAGCGCUCUGAGCGGCACAGCUCUAGCUGCCCAUAGCAGUAGCGAGACGAGCACACCAGAGGAACUCCGCGACUAUGACAGCAGCUCUGGGGUGGAGUCCCAUUCUGACAAACAACAGACCCCAGUGCCUGCUUCAGUCCAGCCUGACAUGGAGCAGGACUUGGGUAUUCACUUGGAGAAAGGCGAUGGAGAAGAGGAGGAGGCUGAGACACUCCCUGCCGACGAGGUCCUAGGAACUGGACCCCCAACAGCUCCAGCAUCCGCCCCGUCUUCCCCCUCCACCUCAGGAGACGAGGCCAGCGACACAGAGGGUGAGAUGCAAAUAAACGACCCUGAUGCACCGGUGACGAUGGAUGAGAGUGCUGGAUUUGAAAGCCCCACUCCCACCUGUAGUCUGCCCGCUCUCGAGGAGGAUGAGGAGGCGGCAGACACAGCAGCCGGUGAAGGCGAAGAGGAUGGAGGCGGGACCACCCCUCAGUCAGCCAACUCUGUGGCAUCGUACGGCUUCGACUGCACCACAUCCAACUCCAACGCCCACUCCAUGGCUGAGAGCUGCGGAAAGAGCCCGGGGAUCUUCUCCCUGGAGAAUGAGGAGCAGCUGCCAGAGGAGGCCAAGGACCCCUCACUCAUCAAGGAGCUGACCCUGCCAUCAGCUGCUGCGGCCCAGGCAGAGGACCUGUUGGGCAGGCACGUGGACCUGAUGCCUUUGGGCCACCCUGGAGAGACCCAGCACAGUCUCGAUGAGCACCACUACAUGCUGGGGGGAAAGAUUGCAGCAGACCACCUGGAGGAGGUUGAUCCGUUGGAGCCCAGUGACCUGAACGAGGCCCAGGGAUCUGGAGACGUCGGCGACAGCCAGCCACCCUACUACUCUACCAUAUGUGAUAAGACUGAUAGUUUUCUGGCAGGUAACGUAUAAGUCCCUCCUAUUACCCCUGGAAUGCACCUUUUCCCCACAACCCUCCCCUUUUACCUGUUGUUCGUUUUCUCUCCAGUUGGAUUAGAUGGCUUAGAAGAAAAAAAGGAGAGCAAGAUUGUAGGAAAAGAUUCUAAAAAAAAAAUGAACAAAGGAGAGGAAAAAAAUGACUGUAGCAAUUUUUAAAUGAAGCCUCCCUCUUUCAUACUGUUACGGUCAUGGUUAUGAGUGUAUGGCUUAAACUCCUUUAUGUACAAUAGCUACUACCAUUUUCUAGUAGAAUGUUCUUUUUAAGUAACACUGCAUAUUCUGUAGCCCCUGAUGGGGUAUUGACUGAUUGGUCCAAUGUGACUGAGCUUUUAAACCGAAAAAAGGAAGAAAAAAAAACAGAUGGAAUGAAAUGGACUCAUUGUGUAUUUAUCCUACUGUUUUUACCGAAACAAAUGUCAAUGAUUUUUUUGUUUUGUUUUGUAUUUGCUUAUUUGUUGUUUUUUUGUUUGUUUUUUCUGUUGAAACCUGGUCCUCCCUACCCUGUGUACACGCGCUUCAUGUUCAACAGCACCAUAGCGAUAGUCAGAAGCUCCUUUUUAAAAGUUUGUGUUCUUGUUUCAAGACUUUUAGCUAUCAAAAUAAAGGCUAGAUAUUAACACGGCUGUUAUGCCCUUACAGAUUUGUCGAGGUUGGUAUGGGAGUAUUAGAUUGCAGCUGGUGAAGUUUUUAAUGUGUGCUUCAAGAGGUUCUACGCUCUUCGCAUAGGUUGUUAAGGUAUAUAACGUGCAGUCACGUACAGUAUGUGUUUCAGGCAUUUGGUUUUAAGUGGCUAAGCUUCAAGCCUCAGUUAGCUGAUCGUUUGUGUUCCAGAAGAGACUAACAACUAGCCUAUUAUUUGUGACGAGACACUGCAUUGUCCUACAUCGCUAUCACAGUUGAGCUUUACACUCGCUGAAACGUUUUCAUAGUGGGCGUUUGGUUUACUUUUUCAACAGUAUAUUGCAUGUUUAACUAACAAAAAGACUGUGUACUACCUUGAAUUUGAAACAAUUCUACACUAGACAUGUUCAUAAAUGAAUGGUUCACACUAGGUUAUCUUUCAAAAUUCCAUUAAAACAUCAUUGCAAGGCA